CUUUACAUAUCAAUAAAUGGGCUUUAUUGCCUAAGCCCAAUAACUUAUAGCUGGGCCUUUUAAGGAGAAGAUUUCUCCUCCACCGAAGACGGCGAGAGGAACAGAGGAUCAGACGCCGGAAAAAGGAACGAUGCUGGGACUCUCUUACGGUGAGAUUCUAGUCAUCAUUGGCGCAACAGCUGCUGUUGUAGGGCCAAAGGAUCUUCCGAUAAUCGCAAGAGCAGGAGGAAGAUUAUUCGGACGAGCGAUUGGUUACAUCCAAAUGGCGCGUGGCCACAUAGACGGAGUCAUGAAACAACCUCAAAUGCAGCAGAUUUCGAAAGAAGUUCAAGAUUUGCGAGCACAAGUUGAUGCUAUUAGCCAUGGUGCAAGUUUCUCUCUUUUUAACUCCAAUCCUUUGACUCGGAGAGUGGACAACCAAUCUCCACAACCUUCUAAUACAACUACCACCACUGGGAAUGUUACAUCUCUCAGUGUUGAGGAAAGACAUAAGGUUUCAGAUCAUUGGACAAAGGCUCAAGAGUUUAGUGGUUCAGUUAAUCUGCACGCCCAAGCAACAGCAUUUGAACGUUUAUCUGAGUCUGUCAGUGGCAAAACUCACACUCUGUCUAGUGACUCACCUGUUCUUCCAGUUUCUGCUGAGAUGGCAAAGUUGCUUCCUCAUCGCAAAGAGAGUGCAAAAGGAUCUGAUUUAAUGCUGGAGGCAGUUCUGGAAGCUGAAGUAGCACACAAAGCCAAACACUUUUUUGCACAAGCCGAAAAGGAAACUCCAGCUUUAAAAGGGAAGUUUGUUGUUGAAGACAAAGGAGAAAGUUGAAGUCAAGUUUUAUGGAUCAUCGAUCAAAAAGUCAGAAGAAGACUCCGACAUAGUCUUUGUUCGUACUUGUAGCGUGAGCAUAGUGGGCCAACCAUUGAGCUAAACCUUGUCGAGAUAAGUUCAGUAAUUGAUCUUGUAAUUUUUUGUAAACGAUCUUGAUUCCUGUAAUUUAACCUGCGGCUUUGUAGGUUUGUAGGAAUAUGAAUAAAUGUGUGUUUUAGUUCUCAACCGGUUAUGUAUUAACUUCUAUUUACAAGCUUAAAAAGGGGGAAUUUUCUA